AUGGCGGCGGUGAUGAGCUGCAUGGUUGCUUUGGCUGGAUCAGAAGAGUUCUGGGUGGUGGAGUUCGUAGCCACGAAGCCUGAGUUCCGUAGGCAAGGCGUCAACAACCUCCUCAUGCAGGCCGCCCUUGCCAAAGGUAGGCAGCUGGGUUACACGAAGGCGCAGAUCACUGUGCUCAGCGACAACACCGCUGCGAUCAAGGCGUAUGAGAAGGUGGGCUUCAGCGAGUACAACACCAUCACCUCGCCGGCCUUCCUGCAGGCCGCCAACUCUCCAGGCGUGAUGAACAUGCGCAUCAUGACCCUUUGA